AUGAGAGCGGCGGAGGAACCGAAAGCGACAGCCCUGGCGAUAAGAAUAACGAUUAAAAAAAAAUGACCGCGAAAUGGGCGACGUUUAAUGUCAGAUCACUAAAAACAGGCUGUCGCGAAAGAUAGAAAUAAUCUGUUUUGGUGUUGUAGUUCUCUUUGGUAUAAAUUUGGCGUGGAGGCACCUCCCUGCCUGCCCUGCUCUUCGCCGGGGUGUGUGCUUGUUUUUCGGGUAGGCUCCAUCGCAUCACCGCGCUGCAGUGCGUUACUGUAACCGAGCAGAGGUGCCACGCCGCCGGCUACAGCUGCGCCGUCGGCCGAUACUAUGUCAAAAACAAAGAGAGACAAAGUAGCACUGCGAAAAAAUCCUGCUGAUCUAUGCAAUGAAAAAAUGGCAACUUUGGUCUCUACCAGCUGUGGUUUGUAGCCACAAAGAAGUGCAAGUGUACAGACAACUGUUUUGAAGUGGUGUUUGUGCCCGAUUUUAAAAAGCUUUGAUUUGCAGCACAACAGGCAGCCCGCAUGGAACGAGCAGGGAGCAUCCAACUUGAUAUUCCGGACUUCAGCAACUCCGUCCUGUCACACCUGAACCAGUUGCGCAUGCAGGGCCGCCUGUGUGACAUCGUGGUCAACAUUCAGGGCCACAGUUUCCGUGCCCACAAGGUGGUCCUUGCCGCCAGCUCCCCCUACUUCCGAGACCACAUGUCCCUCAGUGAGAUGAGUACCGUGUCCAUCUCAGUAAUCCGUAACCCUUCCGUAUUCGAGCAGCUACUUUCGUUCUGCUACACGGGUCGAUUGUGCUUGCAACUCGCGGAUAUUAUCAGCUACCUGACGGCGGCCAGCUUCCUACAAAUGCAGCACAUUAUUGAUCGCUGCACCCAGAUUUUAGAGGGCAUCCACUUUAAGAUCAGCAUAUCGGAUGUGGAGAAGGAGCUUGGGGGUGGAGCCUACAGAACCGCCAACCAAACCGAAUCAGGGAGAGGCGGGACGGCACUAACGGGGUCCUGUUCUGUAAGUCCCAGACAUAGCAGCUCUAGGUUGAUUAGCAACGCCGGAGGGGUGAUCAACAUCCGUGAUGUGAGGGAAGUCCACGAAAUCAGUCCUCCGGGGGAGUCCAUGAGCCCUCAGAUGGUGGAGCACAGCGGAAUUGGCUCGGAAGAGGUGGGAUCCGGGAAAGAGCCCAUUCUCCGUAUUAAUCGAGCUGGGCAGUGGUAUGUUGAGACGGGGACUGACGUGGACAGGGGCGGAGAAGAGACUGUGCGAGUGGUGGAGGGAUUUCGGAUUAAGACCGAAAGGAUGGAGGAGUGGAUGGGAGCAGAGACUCAGGCAUCGGCAGAAGAGGGCAGCGGGGCGGAGGAGGGGCCAACGGUGAUGAUUGACACCUCAGGACGUAGCACACUGCUGAAGGAUGAGAGAAGAGGGGGGAAAAGUUCCCAGCCUUCCAGUAGCUUCAGUGAGACGGAGAGGUUUAGUCCUACAGGAAGUGUGGUGGUGAUGGCUGACCGACAAAGAGCCAAGAGUGAGUCUCCGGGAAGAGUUGAUGACCAGAGACACCCCACCUCACAGGGAGAAGAACAAGCUGUGUUUGACAUGGGAGGAUACGAGGAGUACCUCCGAGAACAGGUAGGUGAUCGGUGGUUCCGCUACAACCCCCGUCUCACCUGCAUCUACUGCUGCAAGUCCUUUAACCAGAAGGGCAGCUUAGAUCGCCACAUGCGCCUGCACAUGGGCAUUACCCCCUUCGUUUGCCGUAUCUGCGGGAAGAAAUACACCCGCAAGGACCAGCUUGAGUACCACAUUCGGAAGCACACGGGAAACAAGCCCUUCCACUGCCACGUUUGUGGCAAGAGCUUCCCUUUCCAGGCCAUCCUCAACCAGCACUUCCGCAAGAACCAUCCUGGAUGCGCCCCGCAGGAGGUGUCCCACAGUGCCUCGCCCGAGACCACCAUGGUCACCUCCCGGGGAGGCCAGAACGAAGAUGAGUCGCCCACCCAGGAGGAGCCUGAGGGCAAUGGUGGAGGCGGAGGUGCCGGUUCGUCCUUUGGAGAAGGGGUACAACCUUCGGUCUCCACCACUGGGCCCGAUUAAAGGCUUCUCAGGGGGAAAAUCUCUAAAGGCAAAAGUAUACUUCUGCGAGACAGAACGGCACACAGAAAAAUUAAGUAUACCUUAGCCUUCAGAGUCCAUGGAGUCAGAGGACAAUGUCUUUGGAGACACCCAUGUCCUCGGCCUCUCACCAUCCACACUGAGAUAUUGCAGUAGAGUUGGAAAUUGGAGGUUCUCUUUCCUGUUGUCAACAAGGAACACAUAAAAAAGGGAGAAUCUUCUGCGUUAUACUCUGACGAAGUUUUGGACGAUUUGUUUUAUCUUUCGGGAUUUUUUUCAUUGACAGCAAAAAUGCAAAGAACUGUUUGCUAGAACUAGUGUUCUAUAGGGAUUAAUAAAUGGUAUUUCCGCUUUAAACCGCAUCUACCUUGACCAUACAGACUGAACAGGACGUCAACAAAUGAAGACAAGCCACACUCCAACAACCUCACACACCACUGGAUGCAGUGAUUUUUUUUGUUUUCUUCGUUUUUUUAAUUUUUUUAUUUUUUAAGCCUUUCCUGUCUUUUAUAUAUAUAUAUAUAUAUGUUACGUUGUUUUAUAUUUUUGUACUACUACUACUAAACGUCAGAAUUCAGGACAAAGAAAAGAGACAGUGUGGUCAAAUAACAUCGAAAUUGCCAAACUUCUCUGUGCCAGAUGGUGAAUUAUAAAAACAAAAGGAUGUCGUAGUCCUUCACUACUCUGCCUUGAGACAAUCUUGAUAAAUCAUUCUGGGGCUAGAUGUCGCACUCCCUAGCCAUGGCAAGCUUAGAAAAACGGGUUCAGUUUUUUUUAGGGACCCUCAGGUCUAACCCGACAUCAGAUUUUUUUUUUUUUUUCCCGUUUUGUUUUGUAUUAAGUGCCGAUAUGGCCUGCCAUAAAACCGAAACUCAUUGCUCACAAAUGUGCUAAAGGCCUCAAAGAGAACGCAAGUAUAUUCUAGCCUUAGAACUUUUCCGGGUUUAAAAGGCCAUGUCCACAUUUAUUUAUUUUCGCUUAAACGUUUCAGUUUCCGAACGUCAUCUUUUUCCUAAAUAUGCGGAAAUGCAGAGCGUUUUCGAAACGCUCUAUUUUCAGUGGAGGAAAAUGCCGUUCUAGUGUGGAUUAGUAUGGACAUGGCCUCAGUUACAGAAACAAUCAGCAUAUAAUUUUCCUGAUUUGAUGGAACAGUUCACCUAAAAAUAGAAAUUUUAAAUAACAAAUUCUGAUUAAAAAAAAAGAAUGUACUCAUCCCUAUUGUCUUUCCAAACCCGUAUGACUUUCCAUAUUAUGAAGGUGAAUCUUCAGGGCUCUCUAUCUUCAGAAUGACACAAAACCCAUCAUUUUGGGGCUUGACAGCCUAAGCCCUAAAUUUCUCAUUUUUGUUUUCCACUGAAGAAGUCAUAUGGGUUUGGAACAAAUUGGAGUUCCAAUUAAUUUUCAUAUUCAGGUGAACUUUCCCUUUAGCGUUGGUGGUAAUACAGUUAUAUAGGCAUGCAGGGGGAAAACGAUGGUAGAAUAUAGCAGUAGCAUAUGUAUUUAUUCAAAUUUACUUCCCAUUAAGAUCAUCGUACAAAACCCAGCUGCUGAAUGUUAAUGAUACAGUGAUAUAUAUAAAAACAGGAAACAAUUCAAUCUCAGAUAAGCUACAAUAACCGCACAGUUACCUCUCUCUCACAUCACUACGCAAUACCGAUCUGUCACACGCAGAUACGUCGAUGCACUCAACCGAAUUAAUUUUUUUCAGUUUCAUGUUUUAACUGCUUAUUUUUGUAGAUCAUUUGGAGAUUUCCAAGUCUCUCGAAUUUGUUAUACUGGUCUGACGAUAUUUUGUUUGUAAAAUGUGUUAGAACAGGGGGAAGGGUUCUCCCACAGGGCAAAACCUUCUGCCUUUUUGUAUUGAGUCAAAAGAAAUACGGAGACGAACCAAAAUGGACUUGAAAUGGUCGUCAAAGCUGUUUAAGAAAACAGAAACCGUAUGUCUGUGAUGAUUGGGAAACGAUAAAAUGCCACGGAAUGACUUUGAGUGUAAGAUUUCCCUUCAUCCAAAGGAUGGCACUUUAACCUUUUGAGGUCAAGUGCCUUUACACUUGGCCUACGAACAGAUGUUUCCAGUUGGUGCUAAUGACGUAAAUUUACUGAAGCUCUCAGUAACCAAAGGAACUGAAAUAUAUUGUGGAAGUCCUUAAACCCUUAAAGGAACAAUUCACCCCAAAUUGAAAAACCUUGUGUUCCAAACCCAUAUGUCUUUCUUUCUUCCAUGGAACACAAAUGGAGAUGUUAGGCAGAAUGUUGGCCUCAAUCACCAUUCACUUUCAUUGCAUGUAUUUUUCUCCAUACAGUGAUAGUGAACGGUAACUGAGGCUGCUUAACAUUACCUUUUGUGUUCUACAGAAGAAAGUAAGUCAUACAGGGCCCUAUUUAAGACCACUAAGUGCAGCGCUAUGCAAAACGUCAUACGUGCAAAGAUAGUGGGCAUGGCCAUGAAGUUUUGAUAUUUUUGUGCAAGCAUGCGCUAAGUCUAGGUGCAAGUGGGUUUGGCGAAAUUGCACGUGCGAAGCGCUAAUGGGCUGGGUUAAGUGCAGUUUAAUUAUGAGGUUCUUCUCAGGUUAUUGCACCGUCUGCAUCCUAUUACAUAGUCCAUUCCCUGUCAAGCACCAGCGAUACAAAGACAGCACAUUCAUAAGAAGUUGGUAGUGUAAAUGGACUGUAUGCAAUAAAUUGAAAGAAUAGAAAUAUGUGUUCUUUUGUGCAUUAACUUUGUCCAUGUUGAAUGUCAGGCAUAUUUCUAUGACAGUAACACACUUCUUUUAUAUGCAUGGAAAAUGUGGUUCUCGUCAGGAUUUGAAUGUAUGCUCUGUUAAAUUAUAGAGCAGUGGUUCCUAACCCUCUUCAUGGAGGCCCCCCGACACUACACGUUUUGUAUAUCUCCCUUAUCUGACACACCUAAUUCAGGUCGUGGAGUCUCCACUAACAAGCUAAUGAGUUGAACCGGGUGUGUUUGAUUAGGGAGAUAACCAAAAUGUGUAGUGUUUGGGGGCCUCCAGGAACAGGGUUGGGAACCACUGUUAUAAUGUUAGAAUUAUUAAUCAUUUUCAUCUACUGACACACAAAUUAUGGCUAGUAUUAACAGUGAUCGUAUCGGCUUCAGUGUUAAUCUCCUCAAUGAAAAUCGCUGACGAAAACUUUCGUAGAAGGGUUUUUUGAUUCUGUUAAUGAAUACGAGAAGAAAAAGACGCAUCAUGGUGAUAAUUAAACGAUUUUAUUAAAACAUACACUAUAUUGCCAAAAGUAUUCGCUCACCCAUCCAAAUAAUUGAAUUCAGGUGUUCCAAUCACUUCCAUGGCCACAGGUGUAUAAAAUGAAGCACCUAGGCAUGCAGACUGUUUCUACAAACAUUUGUGAAAGAAUGGGCCGCUCUCAGGAACUCAGUGAAUUCCAGCGUGGUACUGUGAUAGGAUGCCACCUGUGCAACAAGUCCAGUCAUGAAAUUUCCUCGCUACUAAAUAUUCCACAGUCAACUGUCAGUGGUAUUAUAACAAAGUGGAAGCGAUUGGGAAUGACAGCAACUCAGCCACGUAAAAUGACAGAGCGGGGUCAGCGGAUGCUGAGGCGUAUAGUGCGCAGAGGUCGCCAACUUUCUGCAGAGUCAAUCGCUACAGACUUCCAAAGUUCAUGUGGCCUUCAGAUUAGCUCAAGAACAGUGCGUAGAGAGCUUCAUGGAAUGGGUUUCCAUGGCCGAGCAGCUGCAUCCAAGGCAUACAUCACCAAAUGCAAUGCAAAGCGUCGGAUGCAGUGGUGUAAAGCACGCCGCCACUGGACUCUAGAGCAGUGGAGACGCGUUCUAUGGAGUGAUGAAUCACGCUUCUCCAUCUGGCAAUCUGAUGGACGAGUCUGGGUUUGGCGGUUGCCAGGAGAACAGUACUUGUCUGACUGCAUUGUGCCAACUGUGAAGUUUUGUGGAGGGGGGAUUAUGGUGUGGGGUUGUUUUUCAGGAGCUGGGCUUGGCCCCUUAGUUCCAGUGAAAGGAACUCUGAAUGCUUCAGCAUACAAAGAGAGUUUGGACAAUUCCAUGCUCUCAGCUUUGUGGGAACAGUUUGGGGAUGGCCCCUUCCUGUUCCAACAUGACUGCGCACCAGUGCACAAAGCAAGGUCCAUAAAGACAUGGAUGAGCGAGUUUGGUUUGGAAGAACUUGACUGGCCUGCACAGAGUCCUGACCUCAACCCGAUAGAGCACCUUUGGGAUGAAUUAGAGCGAAGACUGUGAGCCAGGCCUUCUCGUCCAACAUCAGUGUCUGACCUCACAAAUGCGCUUCUGGAAGAAUGGUCAAAAAUUCCCAUAAACACACUCCUAAACCUUGUGGAAAACCUUCCCAGAAGAAUUGAAGCUGUUAUAGCUGCAAAGGGUGGGCCGACGUCAUAUUAAACCCUAUUGAUUAAGAAUGGGAUGUCACUUAAGUUCAUAUGCGUCUAAAGGCAGAUGAGCGAAUACUUUUGGCAAUAUAGUGUACUUUUGACGAAGAUAUGACGAGAAACAAAUAUUACUGCAAGAUAUAAACAGAAAAAGAAACAUCUUAACAUAUGUUUAUUAAAGAAGAUAUUAGAUAUGGAUUAAUCUAAUCCAGCAAUCCAGUAUGUUUGGGAUUUCUCUGCUUAAGCUGCGCAAGUUGAACGCGCUGAACACCGGCAAAAUGAAACGCUUAAAAACGAGUGAAUGACCUCACUCAAACGCAUCAUAUUUUUACGUGAGAUUAAUCAUUACAUUCACAACAUACACUGGUGGCCAAAAGUUUGGAAUAAUGUACAGAUUUUGCUCUUAUGGAAAUAAAUUCACCAAAGUGGCAUUCAGCUGAUCACAAUGUAUAGUCAGAACAUUAAUAAUGUGAAAAAUUACUAUUACAAUUUAAAAAAAAAUUGAAACUACUUCAAAGAGUUGUCAUCAAAAAAUCCUCCACGUGCAGCAAUGACAUCUUUGCAGAUCCUUGGCAUUCCAGCUGUCAGUUUGUCCAGAUACUCAGGUGACAUUUCACCCCACACUUCCUGUAGCACUUGCCAUAGAUGUGGCUGUCUUGUCGGGCACUUCUCACACACCUUACAGUCUAGCUGAUCCCACAAAUGCUCAAUGGGGUUAAGAUCCAUAACACUCUUCCAAUUAUCUGUUGUCCAAUGUCUGUGUUUCUUUGCCCACUCUAACCUUUUCUUUUUGUUUUUCUGUUUCAAAAGUGGCUUUUUCUUUGCAAAAAGGCCUGCACCCCUGAGUCUUCUCUUUACUGUUGUGCAUGAAACUGGUGUUUAGCGGGUAGAAUUCAAUGAAGCUGUCAGCUGAGGACAUGUGAGGCAUCUAUGUCUCAAACUAGAGACUCGGAUGUACUUAUCCUCUUGUUUAGUUGUACAUCUGGCCUUCCACAUCUCUUUCUGUCCUUGUUAGAGCCAGUUGUCCUUUGUCUUUGAAGACUGUAGUGUACACCUUUGUAUGAAAUCUUCAGUUUUUUGGCAGUUUCAAGCAUUGUAUAGUCUUCAUUCCUCAAAACAAUGAUUGACUGAUGAGUUUCUAGAGAAAGCUGUUUCUUUUUUGCCAUUUUUGACCUAAUAUUGACCUUAAGACAUGCCAGUCUAUUGCAUACUGUGGCAACUCAGAAACAAACACAAAGACAAUGUUAAGCUUCAUUUAACGAACCAAAUAGCUUUCAACUGUGUUAGAUAUAAUGGAAGUGAUUUUCUAGUACCAAAUGAUCAAUUUAGCAUGAUUACUCAAGGAUAAGUUGUUGGAGUGAUGGCUGCUGUCUAGAUUUGAUCAAAAUGACUUUUUUCAGAUAGUGACAGUGCUGUUUUUUACAUCAGUAAUGUCCUGACUAUACUUUGUGAUCAGUUGAAUGCCACUUUGGUGAAUUAAAGUACCAAUUUCCUUCAGAAACAGCAAAAUCUAUGUCAUUCCAAACUUUUGGCCGCCAGUGUAUGUGCAAUAUUACAACUUACAUAUGCACAGACAAUGAAGCAAAUGAGCAGGUGAACUUGAACUAAGUUACACUAUAGUCAUUAUAUGUGUAACUUGCGCUGUGAAUACGCUGUAUCCGUAAAAAACACGUACACGCAAUGCAAUAUCCUAAACUGGCUAAACACUAAAAAUUAAGAACAGUCUCUAAAGGAUGAAGAAUUCAGAAUACAGUAGGUUAACUUCUAAAGCGGAGCUUAAAUGUCAAGUGUGUUCAUUACAUGCUAUUAUUUCAGGAGCUCAAACACACCCACUUGUGCUUUGCGCUGGCACAGAAAUUGCACUUAGAAUUAGCACUCUCAUAAGAUGUUGCGCACCGUCGUAGCGCGGUCAUGAAAAUAGAGCCAACAGGUUUUAAACAAUAUAAGGGGGAUUAAAUGGUGACAGAAUUUUCAUUUUUGGGUGAACUAUCCCUUUAAGAUUUGGAGGAACAAAAAAAGAGAUUUCAUCAGGCACUUAAAGGAAGGGUGGUGGUGUUUUUUUUUUGUUUGUUUUUUUUUUUUUGUCUUUUUAGAAUAUUUGUAUAUCUAUAUACAUGUGUCCUUAUGCAUAUUUAGACAAAUUUAUACUUAACUAUAAAGAGGCAGUUUUUAGUGAUCAACAAAAGCAAAGGCGUUUUAAGCGAAUUGUUAGCAAUUAUCAUUUUUUAUAAGGCUGUGAAUCACACUUGGUUGUGACUGUUUUUUUAGGAGAGGAUAUGAUGAAUAUUAUAAAAAACAGCUACUGAUUUUUCUGAGAGGGAUUUUAAGCACCUCACCUCAUAUCAAAACAGGUUUACAAACUUUUACCGUUACUCACGUUUGUGAACACAGGUCAGCAGGUAAACACUUCUUACAAAUAUCAGGAACUCACUGUUUACUUUUUGUGUUUACCUUUUUGGUUUGUACCAAGCAGUUAUUCUUUCUUGGAAUUCUGGCUCUGGGUAACUCGGGUCAUAUUUCAGAAAAAUGCAGCAAAAAACGUACACACAUAUGAACAUUUCCUCUCGAUGUAAAUACCCAUGCCUCAAGAUGCAUUCGAAGUGAAAUACAAUCCUGAAACUGUUUCAUUUCAACUUUGUUGUACAGUGCAGAACCCUGGUAAAUAGAAGAGCAUGUCGCUUUUAUUUGUCACAAUGCAACCUCAUAUUAAUAGAGAAUGGCAAGAGAAUUUGUCAGUAAACAACAUAAUCAUUACUUAUGUUAUGAGAAUAUGAAACGUUCUUUUUAUGGACUUUGCCCUUAAUUUUUUUUACAUUUUCGAUUCUGGGCAUGGGCCUGUUUUGUGUAUGCCAAUCAUAUAAGACUUGGGUGAUAGUGACAUAAAUGAUCUCUUUGUGAAUGAAUUAACUACAGUUUAAUAUCAAGGGAUCAAUAUCUGUAAUCAAGCAUUCCAAUUAUUGUACUGCACAUUUCAGCAGUCUAAAUUGAAUAUUAAUUUGGGUUUUGAUAAUGCUAAUGCUAAUUAAAUUUCAGCAUGUUUUCCCUUUGUGUAUAUCUAUCUUUGACCUUCAAAACUUUGAUGGCCAACCAACCUGCCUUUUUUGUUUUUUAACUAUAUUAUUAAUUCAAAUAUUAUGUGUUCAGCUUUUGUAUUUGUUUUUCAAGCUUUAAAUAACACGGCAGAGGAUAAAUGUGUCGCUACAGUGUAUAUAUUAGGCUUAAAUAUUGAAUUAAUGUUCUACUGCAGUAUAAUGGUAUUGAUUGAACAAUACCAAAUUAUGUCUAUUCAUAACACAGUGUUACAGAAUGUCUAGAUUGGUAUGGAACUACCUUCAAAGCAAUAUUUCCAAAGUUGCUUUUAAAAAAAAAAAAAAAGUGGCGCGAAAACAAAAAAUACACCUUAGCAAACACUGACUAAAAUUAAUUGGUUUCAAAAUCAGAUGUUAAAUAAGAAAAGAUUGUCUUUUCUGGAAGAAUUUUUAAAGCAAUCAUGCAUUUUGGCAAAUAUGAUAAAAAUGAACUGUGUAGCACUUUUCGAUAAGGUUCUGUUUGCCAACAUUAGAUAUAAUGAGCAAUAUGCUUUUACAGCAUUUAUUAAUCUUUUAUUUAAAAUAUGUAUUAGUGGGGCUUGGGUAGCUCAGCGAGUAUUGACGCUGACUACCACCCCUGGAGUCUCGAGUUCGAAUCCAGGGAGUGCUGAAUGACUCCAGCCAGGUCUCCAAAACAACCAGAUUGGCCCGGUUGCUAGGGAGGGUAGAGUCAUAUGGGGUAACCUCCUCGUCGCAAUUAGAGGUUCUCGCUCUCAAUGGGGCGCGUGGUAAGUUGUGCGUGGAUCGCGGAGAGUAGCAUGAGCCUCCACAUGCUCUGUGUCUCCGUGGUGUCAUGCACAGCGAGCCACUUGAUAAGAUGCGUGGAUUGACUGUCUCAGAAGCGGACUGAGACUUGUCCUCUGCCACCCGGAUUGAUGUGAGUAACCGCGCCACCACGAGGACCUACUAAGUAUUGGGAAUUGGGCAUUCCAAAUUGGGAGGAAAGGGGAUAAAAAAAAAUGUAUUAGUAUAUGUUAAAAUGAACUAACCAAGGUUAUUACAUGCUGUGAAAGUAUUGUUUAGUUUUUGUUUAUGUUAAUUAAUGUAGUUUACUAAUGUAAACAAUUCAACCUAAUUGAAAAGUGUUACGAUGAAUUUUUUUUUUUGUGUUCAUGAUCAAGCUUGUGAAACGUGAUAAAAUGCAUGUCUCUAGUUAGUUUUUCGGAAAACGGAAUGACAAUGCUGAGCCAUAACUUCCAAGUUUUUUUCAGUUGUGUCGCGUUAAAGUCCCUCUGGAGUAUUGUAAAAGCAACACAUUUGGGAUGAGGACACUUUAAUGCAAAUAGCCUACACAUUUAAUCAACACUUUGUCUGAAUAAGCAAGCAAACGUGACACUUUGUCAAAAAAAGUUGUCAAUUGUUUUCUUACCUUAGAGUCUUUGUACAUAGAAAUAAGACUUCUUUUCUACUGACCCUCAGUAGAAAUUGUUUAUUUGCAUGUUGUCUUUGUCUUUUGUAACGGCCAAACAUAGACGUUUUUUUAGGCAUCUAAAUUUGCACCAAGAGAAGCCAAAAGAUUGACCUUUACAAUUUGUCUUGCUAUAUUGUUUAGCUUGCAAAAAGCAAUAUAGUCUGUAAAGUUAUUUUCAUGUGUCUUAUGAAAUGUUAAUCACUUUAAUUUAAACCAUACCUUAAGAAAAUAUAUUAUUUUACAUAACCAUGAGAUAAAACAAAUUAUAAUAGGUAUUUUAUUGUUGAAAGUCCAAUUUCCAAAACACAAGCAUUAGUAUCUUGGAAAUCAAUUUGUCUAAUUUUAAUAGCAAUCCAAUGUAUUUAUUGAAAUAGUGAAUAUAUUCUGUUUGAAAAUUCUAGAAAUUAUAUAAUUAGUUAUUUGAAGUUUAUGAUUUACUCUAAAUUUGAAAGAAGACUUUGCCCUGAGUAAGAAUGAUUAGUCAUAAUGAUGUGAAUGCCAUUUUCACAAUAACCACUAUGUCUUUUUCUCAUUGGCAGUAUGUCAAGUCCAUUCUUUUAAAAAGAAAUAAAGCACUUUAAGUGUAACUGUGAAGGAUUUGUAAUUAUAUUCUUUAAAUGUAUAAUUAUGUACGCCCAGAUUGUGUGACACUGCUAAACCCAAAUUUCUAAUAUGAAAAAAUAAACCUGUUUUAUCCUUA